UUCUGUAAACUCACCGUCGUGGUCUUCAAUAAAUCUGAUUUGUUUACACAAUGAAUCCAAGCGUUGUACGUGAAGCUUCUAUAGGUAGCCAAGAGAGAUGUCCGAGGGUUGUUAUAACCGAGGCGACGAGUUUCAUCGCUCGAUCGUUGGCUUAUAGAAUUCUAAGUGACGAGAUUUUCGGUGCCGAUCAGGAAAUCGUUCUUAGCCUCUACGAUUCGGGCGAGCAGGCGAUGCUCCUGCAGACCGUGGCUAUAGAGAUCACUGCGUGUGCGCCUAAUUUGCUCAAAGACGUGGUUUACUCGAGCGACACGUCGCUAGCCUUCGCUGGUGCGGAUUGGGUAUUUUUUAUCGGUAAGUCUCGGGACUACAACUUCUCGAAGUCUCAAGAGCUCCAGGAUGACCCGUUUUUCAUCGAGUCGGUAUUGGAAACUAAAAAAAUGGCGAUAGCGUUAGAAAAGUUCGCUAAAAUUGACGUAAAGAUAAUAACGCUAGGAAACACCUCGGCCAGGCUGAUCUCGGAAUAUGCGCCAUCGAUUCCCAAGAAUAAUAUAACCGGCGUCACGCUUGUUCUCCAGAGACUCGCCGCUUCCGCGAUAGCCAAAAAAACUGGUCGGUUACCAAGCGACGUCAAAAACUUGAUAAUCUGGGGCACAAACAGCAGAAGUGUCUUCCCAUACUGUGGUCACGCGAAGUUCUCGGACGAAAAGUCCGUAAUAAAUGAGAUCUGCGAUGACAAAUGGUUCAAAAAAACUUUACCCAAACUUGUAGAAGGCGUAUUUCGCAAGUGUCGAUAUCGGAUCUCAGAGGCACUGGCUCUAGCCGAGCACUGUAAACUCCUGGUGCAAGGUACACCUCCAGGCGAGUGGACCUGCAUGAGCGUCGUGUCCGACGGCUCGUACGACGUUACUCCAGGCCACUUUUUUUCAUUUCCUCUUUACUGCCGCGACGGUAACUGGGAGAUUGUGCGGGAUUUGUACGUAGAGGACUACUGCAAGAGAAUUAUUAAGGAUAUUAUUGUGGCGCUAGACGAGAAGAUCGAGGCUGCUCUGAAGAUCUGCCGACGCGCGAAUGUCAGCAGCAUCGUUUCGAGGAAGUCUCUAAGAAAGUCGAUAAUAAAAAUAACGUGAAGUAUAUAAAUAAUCAAUGAAAAAAUUGUACGAUGGAGUGGACAUUUUCAAGAAGAAAAAUGCAACAUCCGACAUUCGAAUCCUGCGGUUUGGGUGACUUCGUGAAAAUGCCUGCCCAUGAAUUCGAGCGCUUUCUUCUUCAGUUCACCGACCCUAUACAAAUU